AUGCCACCAAAACAAAAACUACGAAAAGGGAGAAAGAAAAAGAAAGUUAGCCAUCAUGAGAUAACUCGUCGUGCCAAAGAAGCAUCCGAUAUUUGGAAGGUUAAAAUGCGAUCAGCUGAAGAUGACAUAGAAGAAGAAAAGAAAACAAAAUUAGACUUAACAUCAGACUUGGCUAGGCAAUACAAAACUAUGCAAAUGGAAAUGGCCCUUAAGAUUCAUUCUUUAGAAUCUACUGUAGCUAACCUUAACGAAAAGAUUUAUAAGUUAGAAGAAGAGUUAAAAUCAACUAAAAGUGACAAAGAUGAAAUUAUACGUCAAAAAAAUUUCACCAUUCAAGAAUUACAGCUUAGGAUCGAUGAUAUGGAAGCUACAUAUGAAGCUAUAGUUAAUGAAGCUCUUGACGAUUUAUCUGAAGAGGUUGAUACCUCUCGAGCAAGAUGGGAAAAGCAAGCAUCGUUGUUGGAACUAGAAAAUAGGCAAGCUCUAAUGGAAUUUGGAUUAAAUCCUGGCGAUUUAUAA